CUGAAGAUAUUGAAUAUUUUUCCAUCACUGGCAUCUCUGGUGGUUUCUGCUGUUCAUGAUUACCGAACGUAAAAAUUGCCUCAUGGGCGUAUGUUGUUAUCAAUUUCCGGUACUUAUUGCAUUGUUUUGUGUUUCGCGGAUUUUAUUGUGGUCCGAGUUUUUCGGAAUUGUUAUUUAACCAAAAAUAUUUACAUUUGAAAGAGUACUAGCAGCGUUGUUCAAGCUAAAAUGGACUCAAACGGCUUUGUGCUUAGCGAAGCACUUAAUAUAAGAGACUUACUUGGUGAAAAUGGAGCACAAUUUCAGAUCAGUACAAAAUAUAAUGAACAUGGUGAGGAAUUUUUCAUGGAAGAUGACUAUGGGAGUGCAGAUGAGGACGAGGAUGCUCACCGGAAUAUAAUGAAUCCAUGGGAUAAAAGUUUCGAUGAACUGAGAGCCCAAAUGUUUAUGAUUUCCGACUAUAUAUUUAAGCGUACUACAAAACAAGGAGUUGGCGAUGAAUUAGUACCUGACCGGGCGCGGGUCACGGUAGAUUACAAUGCGUACUUUGAAGGAGAAGCAUAUGCGUUCGAUUCGACGUCUAUGCGUGGAGAGUACAAAAAGUUUACCAUCGGAGCAGCUGAAGUAUUAGGCGGAUUGGAGGAUGCUGUAAAAUCCAUGAAACCCAGUGAAGAAGCACAGUUUGUUAUUGGAUAUCAAGUUCUGUUUGGAGAACUCGGUUGCAAACCGAGAAUCAAACCAAAGGCAGACGCAUUAUUUAUUAUUAAGCUUGUUGGUUUUACUGAUCCUGGGGACGCUGAGGCUCUGGAUAAGCUUACACCCGAAGAACAGAUGUCAUAUGCCGUUGUUAAGCAAAAAGUAGUAGAUACUAGAAACCAUGCUAAGGAUUAUUUCAAAAGAAAUCUGGUGUCAAAUGCGAUUAAUGAUUAUCAUAAAGCAGUUAGUUAUCUCGAACGAUGUACUGUCAAGGAUGAAUCGGAACAAAAGGAGCAAAUCGAAACAUUGAUUCAGCUUUACACGAGCCUGGCUGUAUGUUACAACAAAAAGGACAAUCCUCGGCGUGCAUGCUCAAUGAUAAAUGAAAUUCGUCGUCUUGGUAGUAUAGAUCAAUUGUCCCGCGCUUUAUUUCAUGAGGGCCGAGCUCUUAUGAACCUCGGCGAAUAUGAUCGAGCUAAAAGCAGUCUAUUGAAAGCCCAACGGCUUGAGCCCAACAACAACGACAUCAGCAAAGAGCUCAAAACAUUAAAUGAACGUUGGGAAAAACAUCGACAAGAUGAGAAAUCAAUUUGUGCGCGUGCAUUCGGGCUAAAAGAGCGUAAAGAUGAAAAAUGUUCCGAAGAGCAAAUUCGCUUUACGGAAACAAUGAGGAAAACACUACAAGCAUUCGUCGAUGAUGAGAAGAGUAAACAGUUAACAUUACCGGAAGGACUUAGCGGCAAAGAAAUGGAUACUGUGCAAGAUCUGGCAGAUGAUUUUCAAUUGAAAUUGAACCUUUAUAAGGAUAACAGCAAGGACUUUUACAGACUGGAGAAAAAAAACAUUAAAAAUGACGAAUAAUUAAAUUUUAAGUUUUUAAAUAUGUAUAAAGUGGAUAAUACAUGUUAAAAAAGUCCUCUGAGGUCAAUCCAUUCCUAUGGCAGAGUUUUAAAAAUAUAAUAUAAUUGACAUAAAAACGAAGUUUCUUAACGGUGACUUAAUGACACUACUGUAUUUGAUUAAUAUUAAGACUAUUGAACCGAAUAAAAUUUGUAAGAAUAGCUUUUCAA